AUGCGCGCCCCGAUCAUUUACCUCGCACUGGCCGGCCUCGCCAGUGUCGCCCAGGCCAACCCCAUAGCCAACACGGAUUCCCAGACCGAGACGCGAGGCCUCGUCACCCGUGGCCUCUCGCACAUGUUCUUAUCCCGCUCUGAGGCAGCCCAUUCUGAGGAGCCUCCUACAAGGAGACAGGCCACCACGCCACCUUCCCCACUGACAAGCGCCUCCGUCGGCACCACUCUCAACGACGCCAAUCGCACUAUAACGCUCACCGUUGUCAAGGGCGACACCCUAGGCCAGAUCGCGAAACUCUUCAACUCGGGCAUCUGCGACAUUGCCAAGCUCAACAAGAUUCAGGACCCAGACUUUAUCGUGGUCGGUCAGGUGCUUCAGGUUCCUAUUAACGUCGCGGCACCGGACAACAACUCUUGCAUCAACCGCGGCGGCGCCAUCCCACCGGCCAACAACGGCACUGCGGCCCCGGCCCCUCCGGCCUCCGGUGGGAGCGGUAAGAAGGGUAAGAAGCAGAGGCGAAGCGUGAACCUCUUUGAGGAGCACCGUGCAGUCUAG